AUGUUUUUAAAAAAAAUUAGAGCUGAUAAAAAACAACAUAAAAAAUCCAACUUUUGUUUGCGUAAAUCUAGAGAUACUCAUUCAAAUAAUAAUUCAUCUAUAUCUAAUCAUACUAUCAUUUUAGAUAAACAACAAAAUAUUUGUGAAAAUAAUACUUCAUCACAAUCAAAUAAGAAUAAUUUUUAUUAUAAAAUUAAUGAAAGUAUUAAUAAUAAUCAUGAUACUAGCAAAAAUAAUAAAGAUUCUUAUCACAAUUUUAAUGACUUUAACGAAGAUCUUAUUGAUGAUGAUUUUACAGAAAUUUAUGAUACUGGAGAAGAAAUUAACAAUAUUGAUGAAAAUGUAAAUGGAAAUAGUGAUAUUUAUGGAGAAUUUAAUUAUAUUGACGAAGAUUUUACAGAAAAUUGUGAUACAAAUGGGGAAUUUAAUAGACGAGAAUAUGAUAAUAAUAAAAAACAAAAUUGUUAUUCUGGAGAUGCAGGACCAUAUUUUCCAAAUUUUACUAUAUUUUUAUUAUUUUUAUGGGUUAUAAAACAUCAAAUAGGUUUUGAAGCAUAUAAGGAUUUUGCAAAUAUUGUUAAAUAUCCCAAAUUUAAUGCAAAUGAUGUUCCAUUUUCACUCGCAACUGUUAAAAAGUAUCGAAAUGGGUUACCUCUCCUUCCAUUUAAAGGAUAUACUAUUUCUCUUAACAAUCAUAAUACACCAUCUACCUCUAAACCUACUACUCAAGCUUUUAUUUUUCCCUUAAAAAAUAUUCUUUGCCGUAUAUUAUCAAAUCCACAGCUGCAUGAACAUAUAAUUGAAAAUAUUAUUGAAUAUAAUUCAUUGCCUUUUCAAAUCAAAUCACAGCAAAGAAGAAAUGCUUCUUAUGAUGGAUGUCUAUGGAUGACUGAUUAUACAAUAAUUAUUAAUCCUAUAAAUAUUGUGUCAAAAGUAGAUAUUUGGUUAACAGAUAUUGUUGAAUAUAUAACUACACAAAAUACUCCAUCUAAUUUACCAAUUUACAAAUUUUUUUUAGAUAUCUACAUUGAUAAGUUUGGUCCAUUUCGUAAUGCAUACCAUGGUAUUGGUGCUUCAUGUGAUGAGGUGUUACAGCCACUAAUUAAUGAUAUCCAAGAUCUUGAACAUGGUUAUGAAUUGGAAAUUAGUAACCAAACUGUUUGGGUUACUGGUGGAUUGGGUGUCAUAAAAAGUGAUUUACCUGAAGGUAAUGAACAAUCAGGAAUCAAGAAUCAUAAUGCACAUUAUGGAUGCCGAAAUUGUAUGAUCCAUCAUAAUAAUUUGCAUGAUAUUACUUUUGAUAUUGUUAAAUAUGCAAGUUACAAUCACAUAACUACAUCUAAUUUUGAAGAUAUAAGUAAUGCUAAAACUCAAGCUGAACGUGAAAUACUUUCUACUCAAUAUGGAAUUCGUGGACUUGCAAAAGAAAUGUUGCAAUCAACAUUUGGAAUAUUAAAUUCAAUAGGAGAGAAUGAAUUUUUAAAUGUAUGGCGUAAUUUUGAAUAUCCAUCAGUUUGGUCUCGUCAACACAAUCCUAUUUCUCAUUUAAACUCAUAUUUUUUUUCUGAUUAUCUUCGUUUAAGUAUGAUCAUGCCAUUUCUUAUUAAUAGAUCAUUAAUAUCCACUUCAAUGCUAAAUAGAACAAUUGUUGAAUUUUUAAUUGAAGAAAGCAAAUUUACAAAACGUCAAAUAAUAGAUCAAUUUCUUAGUUUAUGGGCAUCUUUUUCUAAAAUGGCAUCAUUAAUAUUUUGCAAAGAGUUUUCUGAAGAUAAUUACAAUGAUUUACAACAAAAUAUAAUACAUUGGUCUGAAAAAGUUGGAAAGUUUUUUCCUAGAAUUACUCAAUUACCAAACUUCCAUAUAUUAUGUAAUUUUACUAUGCAUGCACGAAAUUUUGCAACUCUGGUAAAUGUUGCAGUUCCUACAAAAGAAAUGAUGCAUAGACUAUUCAAGGCAAUGAUUCCUCAUUCUAAUAAGAAAAAUAUAGAGAUGGAUUUUGUACAAAGUGAUAAUUGUCUACAAACUCUAAGAUUUUUGUUGGAUGGUGGUGUUGAUAAAAGAUAUGAUACAGAAAGACAAUUAAAUUUCAACAUGUUAUCAAAAGAACAAUGUGUACGUGCACUUCUUAGUUCAUGGUACAUUUUGCCAUCUAAGUUUGAUUUAGAACAAGAUGAUGAUAAUACAUCUUUGCAAAUAACAU